AUGCUAGCACUACUACUAUUUUUAUGAGCCAUAGUCACAGCCAAGGUUUGUGAGCAGAGUUUACAGCAGAAUAUUCCUGGAAAGACCUCUAUCUCUCUGGGAACCAUCUCAUAUAGUUUCCCUAUCGAAGUAUUAACCCACCCUAGUAAGGAAGAACUAUUCUUUUUUAUUCAGUUCGACUCAGCUGAGUUUAGUCCUUAUUAUUCUGAAAUCUUUAAGACAGAUUUUGAUAUGAAUGUAAUCAAAGCUCAGGGAUAUGGCAAUGACAUCAGUAACGGAAGCCCAGCAAUCUCAGAUAAUGGAGAAUAUAUUUAUUUUCAUUUCCAAGGAAAUAACAAAACAGUCGAAAUUAGUUCAAUGGAUUUAAGUGUCACUGAUGUUAUCGAGAUUUCAUCUUUUGAUAAAACUGGCCAGCAUGGAAUAGUCACCUCUGGAGGGAGCUUCUCUACAUCUCAAAAUGUUUAUCUUCUUGGAAGAUAUACACCAGGACAUGAAGAAGCUGUAUGAAAAUGGACACGAACUGCAACAACAGUUGAUUGUUUUGAUAAUGGAAAUACAAAUAAGAUUUACCUAACAUCAAUUGGAGGAGAUACAGUUUUCAUUGCUACAAUGAUGUCUGGAUUAAAUGACUUAUACUUCAUUUCUGCAAAUCUUGCAAAUCCUCCAACUUAUAAUUGGAGUAAAGUUAUUUCUUGAUCUGGAUCAUGAGGAGUUGAAUCUGUUCGUUCAGUUUUAAGCAAAGAUGGCCAAUAUAUCUACAAUCUCAAUGAAUUUUCAGGGAGCAUGUUGUAUUACACUUUUGAAACAUCAACAGGUAAUUCUAUCUGCCUAGGUUUGGAAUCAACUAGCAUUACCACACGAGUCCAAGAUCUCAAUGAAAUUAAUGGAUAUGUUGUAGCAAUUUUUUCCGAGACUGUUAGCACAGGAUCGGUGAUAAGCAUUAUUGAUCCAUUAGCAUGCUCUGUGUAUAAAGAAUAUGGAAACAGUUCGACUAUAAUUCUUGCUGCAGAAUCGAUUACAACUAACAAUCAUGAGCAAGCCGUACUCUUUGGAAAAGAAUCUUCUGUGGUCCAGCUAAUCAGAAGUCAAGUCCAAGAUUUUGACCGGUUUCCUAGCUUGAUUUCCCAAAGCUCAUCAUUUACAAGUGUUGCAACCAACAAUAUAGUAGGUGAUGCAGGAACAAUAACACCACUGAGUAGAACAAUUAGGUCAACUUCUUCAAUUGGCUCUGUAUCAUUGUCUUCGUCUUCCUUAACAAUGGCUUCUACUGGAUUAACAUAUAUCACAGCACUCUGGAACGAAGAUUAUGUCGAAAGAUAUUUAUUUGACUCAAAAGUAAACUUGACGUUUACAUGGGCUUGUUCUCACUCUUCUAGCUCCACUAUUAUUGUGUUUGAUCUCCAUUCUCUCGAUAGCGAAACUGUGCCAUCUUGGGUGUAUCUAGAUGCCCAGAAUGAAAUUCUGACCUUGAACAAAACUCCGAAUGUAUCUCAAAACACAUUGUACAAAUUUGCACUUUCAAUUGACGACGGAAGUGUGUCAGCACAGAAGAAGUUUUACAUCACCGUUCAACAGUGAGGAGUCGCCAACUGCAAGAGUUGACAGAUUGAAGACCCAAACAAAUGAAGUGAGUGCAAUGUUGGUUAUGAACUCAGUAAUAGUCAAGAUACGUGAAUCGGAGCAGAUGCCAAAGCUGAAGCCAUUAUUGGAAAAACAAUAAUUGGUAUUAGCAUAAUUCUAGGAGUUUUGUUAUCUAUCGCUUCGAUAAGUUCUCCAGUAGGAAUGUUCAGCUUGAUCAACCAGUUCCAGAUGUACAUUCUUCUUCCAUUGAUUCCUCCAUAUUUCCCAUCCAAAGUUUUCCAGUUCAUUCUGGGAGCAGACUUUUCGCUUAUUUCACUUGAUUUCAUUCCGAUAGAAGAUAUCCCACUUGUCAAAGAAAUACAGGAUUUAGUUGACUACCCACAAGAGGAUUUCUAUUUAGGAGAAGUCGGACUGACUUCAAGCAGCUCAAUAGUAAACUAUUUGCCAAUGAUGAUGUUUCUAUUAGUAAUAGGAGGUUUUCAUUUGCUUAUCUUGGUAUUCCAAACAUCUUUGCAAGAUAAAGAUGAGGAAAACAAAUGCAGAAUCAUAAUAUCAAAGAUAUUUAAAUACAUGACGUUCAGCUUCUACAUCAGACUUUUCAUGGAGAAUUCCUUGUUCCAGUUCAUGUCGACUGCCCACGAGUUCAAGGUUUUCAAGUUUGAUUCAACUGUAGCUCUGGUAUCUCUCGUGUUCUGAUUUGUAUUUGCUCUCUGCAUGUCGGUCUUCAUCGUCCUCAUUAUGUUGCUAUCCUAUGUUUACAGUCUGAAGAAUAUGCACUCUGAAUUCCCCAGCCACUGGAUGACUGCAGAGUUGUACUCAGGAAUCAAAGCCAAGAAGUGGCCCAAGGCUAAUAGUUUGUGCUUUGUAGUUAUAAGACUCCUAUCUGUGAUCAUUCUUAUUGGAUUUCAAAAUACUGAUCUCGAAUGCUCAGAUGGCCAAGUGGAUGGUAUCAACUUUGUGUACUAUAUCAAGCUCAGCCUCUUCUUGACUCUUCACAUUGCUUCAGUGGCAUUUCUGAUCUUAGUGAGGCCGUAUGAUUCAGCUGUGAACAACUUUGUUGAGUCCCUGAGCCAGAUCAACUUUAUUUCUGCCGUUACAAUUUUAAUAUUUAUGAAAUUUGAGCAAGACUGGUCGACGAACAAAGAAAGCAUGUUUAUUGAAAUGUUGCUUUUGAGCCCAAUAUUGGGAAUCUGAAUCAACUUGACUUCACUGGUUUUAUUAUUAUGCAAGAAAUGAAGAGCCAGAAGAAGAAAGAAGCUUCAAAAACUUGCUCCAAAAGUUAAAGCCUCCCGAACAUUCAACCAAAGAGAAAAUUCAGUUUGCCAACAUUCAAAAAUAAAAAUAAUGGAAGAGCAUAAAGGAAAAUAA